UGUGGCAACGAAUCGUCAUUUCGUAACCGCGCCAUGGGAGUGCGAAUUUAUCGAUUUGAAGUCUUUUGUUACCAUUUCUUUAGCGAAAUUCAUUAAAAAUAAAUAAUUUAAUUUUAAAGCAUCCUUUAUAAAAUAAUUGAUGAUUUGUUUAGGACCUUAAUUCAUAGGAUAAUUUGCUAAUACUUCUGAAUCUUGCAGAAAAAAGACUUGCAGCAUGGGGAGUAGAAGAUCUGAAAGAUUUGAUCGUGAAAAUAGAGAACGUCGAGGAAGAGAUGAAAAUUAUAGUUAUAGAGAAGGAGAAAAUAAUAAUAAUAAUAAUGAUUCUAGUAGGAAGCCUCUUCUACAUUUUACUACUGACAUAAAUCCACUUAUUUUUUCCGGUCCUAUACCUCUUAAUUUAAAUCAAUCAUCAACUGGAGGACGAUUCAGUGGAGGUAGUUAUCGGAGUGAUUACAGUCCUGAAAGUUCUAGAUCAAGAUCAAGGGAUAACUAUAGUUAUGAUGAUGAAGAUAGGCGUCAUCGACACAGAGAAAGAGAUCGCUAUGAAAGAGACUAUGAUCGUGGACGGGAUCGUAGUCGAGAACGGGAUAGAGGUCGUGACAGAACAAGAGAUCGAUCGUAUGAAAGAGAUGAAGAACGUAGAGAUAGAGAAAGGGAAAGAAUAGCUCGUGAAAGAGAUUGGCGGGAAGAAAUACCAAAUAACACUUUGAUGGUUAGAGGAUUAGAUGUUAGUGUUACAGAAAAUGAAAUUCGGGAAGAAGUGCUACGAUUUGGUUUGGAACCAAAGGACAUCCGUCUCAUUCGUGAAAAAGGAACAGGUGCCUCUCGCGGCUUUGCUUUUGUGGAGUUUCAGUUACUAUCCGAAGCCGUUCGUUGGAAGGAACUUACCAAGGGAACUGUUAUAUUCCGUGGCAGUAACAGAGCUAGCUUGCACUAUAGUAUACCUAAAGAUUUGCUUGGAGCUGAACGCUACAUGUUGAAUAAAGCAGAUUGGGACUGCCCUAAAUGUGGUAUGAGCAACUUUAAGAGAAGAGAUUAUUGUUUCAAGUGUAAUUCAGCUAGAGAAGAUUCAUUCGAUUGGCAGCAAGGUGACUGUUACAAUGAAAUAAGUACUUCUCCAUCUAACACUUUACUAUUUGGGAAUCUUGAUGUCUUGACUACAGAGGGAAGAGUUCUUGCAAUGCUUGGACAGUUGACCACUCUCCCCAUCAAGAGUUUAAGAGUUGCUAAGGAUUCCUUAACAAAUACGUCUCGUGGCUAUGCCUUUGUUGAAUUGAAUUCAACCUCUGAAGCUAUUCAGUUAUAUGAACUUCUGCUAUCUAUGGGAGGGAAUUUUUUUGUGGAUGGACGACAGGUUACUGUAUCUUAUGCAAAAAGGUCUUUAGCAUCUCGGAACAGUUCCGGAAAUGCUAAUGCAGCUAGUGUUGCACUUGCUGCUGCUCAAUGGACGAACCAGAAACAAGAUGAUGGAUAUGACCAGUAUUAUGGUGUAACAUCUAGUACAGGUAGCUCCACAAAUGCUUCUGGUGACAACUCACAAAAUCCUAGCAUGGAGUCAUCAGUACCAAACCAAGCACAGAUGGCUAGUCUUGGGACAAUCAUCGUUAAUGGUGUUUCAUAUUACAAAUAUCCAUUACCUGAUAUAUCGACUUAUCAGUACGAUGAGUCAUCUGGCUACUACUAUGAUUCAGCAACUGGUCUUUAUUAUGAUGCAAAUUCGCAGUACUAUUAUAAUUCUGAAACUCAAUCAUACCUUUAUUGGUCUGGUGAUCACCAAACUUAUUUACCUGUUACUUCUUCAGAAACUACAAUAACCUCGCCUCCUACUUCUGCUACUGCUCAAGCUAAUUCAAACAGCACAAGUGGAGAAAAUGAGGAAGAAAAAAACAAAAAUAAGAAGGAAGAAAAACUUGAUAAAGUAAAAAUAGCCAAGAAAAUAGCAAAGGAUAUGGAAAAAUGGGCCAAGACAUUAAAUCAGAAAAAAGAAAAUGCUAAACUUGGCAUUGUUGCUAGUCCUCCCAUUGUAAUUGCUCCCAGCAUUGUUAUGAAUAAUGACUUAUCCAGGCAUUCUGCAACAGCAGAUGCUGGUUUUGCUAUCCUUGAAAAACGCACAUCUUUAGCAGAAAGGAGUGCAUUGAUGGCCGAACGGGAAAACAAGAUUACCACUGUUACAGCUCCCAAGACUGCUCUUGUUUCUUAUGGAGAUGACAGCGAUUCUGAUACUGAGACUGAUACAACCCCUGUAGAUAUUAAGAAGCCCAUCAAUAAUAAAGUAGAUGAAUCCAAAUUUAUAGAUUUAUCGAAAAUGGCAUGCUUACUAUGCAAACGACAAUUUCCUAAUAAAGAUGUGCUUACAAAACAUACGCAGUUAUCAGAUUUACAUAAGAAAAACCUUGCAAAAAUCCUUGGCAGCACGUGACCCAUCUGAGUCAUUAGAGUUCAGAAAACAAUUGGAGAUUUUUAAAACAUGCAAAUUUGUAAAUCUAAACUGUAUAUUUUUUGUAAAUAUUUUAUCCUUGCUUUAGAAAUGAAACUUCCAAUCAUUCUGAUCAUUUUGUAUUCUUCAAUUUUAAAAAGAAACUGAGACUAUAAAUUCUUCCAACUUGUUUUAUGUUACUUUCCUGUAAAAAAUUUCUUCCUUCAUGUAAAAAAGAAAUCUUAUUUCAUGUUUACUAACUAUUGAUGCUUCCAUUUUUCCAUUUGUUUGUAAAUAAAAUUGUUGAUAAUAAUGUUAUAA